CCCGCUCAGAGAUGUGUAUAAGAGACAGAUGUAAUACUUGGGAAGAGAGAUACAAUAUUUUUGCCAAACAAUUCUUAAUCAUGAAUACAUCACUCUUACCUGAAAAUUUAAAGACUUUGUGCACAACAGUUUAUAACAAUUUUUCUGCUAUAAAGCAAUAUGAUUCUACGUUACCGCCUAUCAAAUCUCCUAUAAUAUUGUUAAAACCUACAAACCCGUGGCCUGUACCCAUGACCGAGGACGAUUAUGGUUUGCAGAAGGUAACUCAAAAUAUGGUAAAAGUGCAUUACAUCGAGGGUAAUCAUGUUACUAUCAUGAAAAACAAGAAUGUGUUAACAGCAAUUAAUGGAGAACCGCCAUUUAUGUUUUAAUACUUUAAUACUUUUUACUAUAUUACUUUUUACUAAACUGAAAAAUUAUAAAUGUAAAUAUAAAUUUAAAUUGUAAAUGAUUAUAAUUUAAAUUUAAUUUAUUUUAUGUGUUUAAACCGUGUUCCAAUUUACAUUGCUAUAGUAUUGAAAAUCUAUAAUAUGCGUGAACUAGAUUUAUUUAAUUAUGUAGACUAUAUUAUAGAUUAAUACUGA